AUGUCUUCUAUUACGAUUUUUUUAUUCUUUGUUUCGUUGUUAAUCGGGUCCUUAUCAUUGCCGCCAAUAAAUCGAGAGGAUAUCAUUUUGAAAGAAGAAACAUCCCUUUAUGCGACUAAAGUAAUGAAGGCAAGAGUUUUUGGAUCAGAAAAGACAACGACUCACGUGGAUGAAAGAAGUUCAGCGACGAUCCCAACAACACCAGCACCACCGAAGCUACCGGCUGAAGAAAAUGUUUCGCAAACAACACUAGCACCGACAACACCCACUACUCCUACUCCUCCUACAACUCCAACUCCAACUCCAACUCCAACUUCAACUUCAACUUCAACUUCAACUUCAACUUCAACUCCAACUUCAACUUCAACUUCAACUUCAACUUCAACUUCAACUCCUCCUACAACUCCAACUCCAACUUCAACUCCAACUUCAACUCCAACUUCAACUUCAACUUCAACUUCAACUUCAACUUCAACUCCAACUUCAACUUCAACUCCUACUCCUACUCCUAGUCCUACUCCUAGUCCUACUCCUAGUCCUACUCCUACUCCUACUCCUACUCCUACUACUCCGACAACUUUGAAACCAUCGCCUUCACCAUCUGCGACACCUGCCCCAGAGCCCACUCAUCCAACACCUCAGUCUCCAAAACCCGAAGCUUCAGGUGGCGGUCCCUCCAUCGGAGCCAUCAUUGGUGCAGCGGCGGCGAUCAUUCUCCUAAUACUUUGCUCCUCCAUCGUCGUGGUGUGGAUCGGGCUUCGCAAGAAAAAGAAGAGCACGAAAGCUACAAAAACUAAGCUAACGGAAACACCAGUGGUUGACGAUGAAGACGUGUAUCCAAAGACAAUUUUGGGUACGACAGUCAAUCCUGAAUUGCAGCCCUAUCACAUUCCGACUGACAAAUUCACGUACAAGGGACCGGUUGUACUACACAACGCAAUGCUUGCAGGGCCAAAGAAACACCGUUUUGCCCAGCAAAAAUCAAAGUCGAUAAAGGCUGUUGAGUGGGAUGAUGCGGCAAAUGAAGCUUACGAGAUCGGAUCAGAAAUCGAACAGAUACAGGACGUUGCACCGGAAGAGAUGAUAAGCACGAAGUCAAAGAGUGAAGAUAUGAAUGUGCUAGAGGAAACGGCACCGCUGGAGAUCGUUCCACCAACUCCGCCCACCAAUACAACUAUUCAAUCACAUCGAACCGAACAGGGAAGGACAAAUUUGAAGAAAACGAGAAAGUCAACGAGUAAAGCGGAAAACAAACGACUGAAGAAACCGUCUUUCGAACGGAGAAAGAAGCGUCAUACCACCGAUCAACAA